AUGUCUUCGUACGAGUAUUCAGACGAGUCUCAGGUGAAGGAAGAGAAUCACUCGUCAGACGAUGAUCCAAGUUACUCCGGAAACCAGACUCAUGAGUUUCAAGAUGAUCUGAAGGGCAGCAUAUACGAUGCUAACGAGCAAAUCCCGGUGUCGCUUCAGUCAUCCGACAGCGAAUAUGCACCAUCAGACACAGCUCACAUUUCUGAAGCAGCCGAAUCAGACCAGUCCGUUUUUGAUGAGCAGGACAGCUACGACAGAUCGCGGUCACCAAGGAAAAAACGAGCUCUAUCUUCUCUCAAGGGUGACAAUGACGAGCGACGACCCUUGAAGCGCGCAAAAGGGACAUUUAAUCGAGCAUAUUUGGAUCUCCUCAACAUCGACAUUCAGGAUGCUGCAACUCAGUACAUUUCCGAUGAUGGAAGGAUGACCUUGCCGGCUUCUCAGAUUGGCCUCAUUGCUUGGACUUCAGCCGAGAAGGAAAUUUUCUUCGAGUCUCUUAGUCGCUUGGGUCGAGAUAAUGUCCUGGGUAUUGCCAGUCGCAUCCGUACGAAAGGAGUAAUGGAAGUUAGACAGUACAUGAAGCUCCUCGAUGACGCACUCGUACAAAGAAAACAUCACGCGCUUGCCUCGCUCGAGCUAGCCGACUUCCCUGCAGCAGUGGAGAUAGGCGAAGAAUGUUGUGACCUUCUAGAAGAUGCCGCCGAUUCACUGGCGCGCAGGCAGGAGAACCACGAGGAAGCUGUUGAGCGGCAGAAAUGGGGAGAUGACUUUCUUCUCACAACAGAAAACUACGAAGAACUUGAGAAAGACGACGGACAAGAGCAUCAUUCCAGUGCACUAAGCGUUUUCGACUUACCGAUGUGGCUGAAAUUAUCAGAGACAGUGUUCAUGAACUCCGGUCGAGACGAGAAUAACUGGCAGUCUAUCUCCAACGAACCGCCGUCCAUCAGACUAACUGCUCUGGAGGAUUUCUACUCGUUAGUCGUGUCCGUCACGACGCGACUGCUGGACUCUGCGUCAUACAUCGCAGAGUCGCGCAUUCGGUCCAAGAGAGUCCUAUACCCGACUAGAACUAGGAAUCUUGUCAAGCGAAAGGACAUGGAAGCAGCCAUUGCUUCCUUGGGUCUUAGAUCCACCAGAGCAGAUUUCUGGGGGAAAUGUCCCAGGCGUCUUGGUUUGAACGUCCACGAGGAGAAGCCACAUUACAAGGAUACACUAACCGAACCUAUCCCCUACGACGAUGUCGAGCAAGCUCUUGGAGUCAAGGAGGACGUAUUCAGGGCUCAUCAUCAGUGGGAUGGCAGUUCUAUAUCCUCGGACAGCUCCAUCUCUGACGCUACAGGAGGGGAAGAUACUGCCGCAGCGGACGAUAAAUCCACUGCUUGGGACAGUGAAGAUGAAGAGUUCAGGGAUGAAGCGAAUGAAGUCCUUUUGCACUCGGCAGUAGACAGGCCACAGACCACGAGGGAAAAGGAGGCUCUCAUAUCGAGAAUCAAGGCAGAGCGUGAGCAGGAGGCGUACGCUGAAGCGGUGGAUGUCCAUGCCACUUACAAGGAAGAGAAGCGAAUGUGGCUUCUCCAAGGCAAGGAGCCUUCUGAGCCACUACGGAGGCCUACAAUCCCGGAGACUGGUCGGAGGUCGAAGGCAUCAGUCGGUGAUGUGUACUCUGCUGGGCAGGACUGGCGGCAGAAUUUGCAGUAUGUCAGCGAGUGGGAGCACGAUGUGGAUCUGUGUGGCUAG